CUGUUGAAUAAAGCUGGGAGGCCUGGGGCCGAAUUAUCAAACGCGGAAAGAGCAAAAGACUUGAAACUAUCGUCUCUCGAUCAUUUGAAAUGGCCAUGGUUAGAGCCGAAGAUUACAAGAUGCAGGCAGGAACUGGAAAGAUUGCUCAUAAGACUAUUGUUGAUGUUGCAGAUCGCUCAUCUGGCUAGCCAGCAACGACCAACUAAGAACCAGUCGGACAAUCAAAGCCAUGAUAAAGAGCUUAGGGACGUCAUCGCAAGGUUGAAGCUUCGUGAGGAACGACUGACCCGUUCGCUGGAACAAGCAAUUUAUCGACCUCUGAUACAUCACAAUAGCAAGUUUCCGAGAAGCAGACCCUUCAGCUUUCGACCUGUGGGUGGUCCACCGUUACCACCUCCGCCACCCACAUGGGGCCCCCUGAACCCUCGACCAGCGCCUUGGAAGUAUACGUCCAAAUCAGAUAAAAUAGACGUGAUCAUUCCUCCGACGUCAACGGUGACUGGAACCCCUCCCAGUGACGAGAAGUCCGAGGAGAAGGAUGUUCAAAUGGGAGAUCCAUCAGAAGUACAAAGUCCAAGAGCUGUUGAAUUUGAUGGAAACUCAAAGCCAGACAAGACAGAUCCGCCUCCUGAAGCCACGCACUCUCAGGAGGAUACCGCAACUUAACGGAAGCUCGAGCCAGAGUAUCCUCAACCACAACCACUGCCACAAUCUAAAGAAACUCCAGAGCAGUACCUAGAAGCUUACCUGCUCAAGGGAGACCGAGAUCAACUCUUGAAACUACCCCUGAAGCAAGAAGAGCUCAAGAAACAGAUGGACGCUGUCCUUUCCAGGACCAAAAAGCCAGUCUGGGACAUUCUCAUUUCACUCACGCCCAAAAAUCAAGCCAAAAU